AUGGCGAAUGAAGAUGAAACUCCAACUCCAACCCGGGGAGUAACACUUGAUGAUUUGGCCAACAUGAUAGCCACCUUGGCUAAUCGAAUAGGAAAUGUGGAGGGAGAGAUAGGGUCUUUAAGGGAAAGUGUGAGGGAAUUGUCAUCCUCACCACGAGUUCACUAUCAAGGAAACACAACCGAACCACGACCAAAUGUCACUUUACCCCGUCAAAACCUUCCAAACCCCCGACAAGCCGUCCGAAAUGUCCCACCCGUGAAUGAUGACUAUCAAGGAGAAGUGUAUGAAGAUGAUGUGGUUGAUCUUUAUGCUAAUCAAGUAAGGGGACAACGAGGACAAAUACAAGGUCCGCAACGAGGUAGAGGUGGAGGGAAUGGCCCUAUCCCUCAAAUGGGUAGGCAAAGAGGAUAUCAAGCUCGUGAUGGUUACCAAGGUCGUGACUAUCAAGGUUAUGAUUAUAAUGAAGAACCUUAUGGGAACUAUGGGAAUGGUGGAGGUCGAGAUAUGAGCCUCAACUCCAUCAAGGUCACUCUCCCAACAUUCAAAGGGGGUAGUGAUCCCGACGUAUUUCUUGAUUGGGUGAUGCAUUGUGAUAGAAUCUUCUUGACAAAUGACAUGUCCGAGAUGAAAAAGACAUCUUAUGCCAUUGCUCAAUUUGAAGGCUUCGCCUCUACGUGGUGGGAAACUCAAGUGAAAGCGAGGAGAUUACAUGGACUUGCCUCUACACCUACUUGGGAAGGGCUAAAGAAUAUCUUGAGGCGCAAGUAUGUCAUCGAACGUUACAAGCAAGAGCAACUCAAAAAGAUAUAUACUUUGAGGCAAGGCAAAAAGAGUGUGGAAGAAUACUAUGAUGAGUUCCAACUUGUGAAGAUGAGAAUAGACUUUGAAGAGGACGCAUUGAAUGCUAUGACUCGGUUCCGAGCCGGGUUAAAUGGAGAAAUUGCUUCCCAAAUGAGACUCCACAACUAUAGUGACAUUGAUGAAACUCUUGAAGCGGCUAUUGAGAUAGAGGAGGGUCUCAAGGAAGACAAGAUCAAUAAGUCGAGAGGCUACAUAAGUUCAUGGAACAACAACAAGGAAAAAGGAACAUCUUCCUCCAAUUGGCAAAAGAAUAAGGGCACCAUGCAAGAAUUCAAGAAGCCCUUUGUGAAAAACAAUCAAGUUGAGAAGCAACCCCAAAAGUUUGCUCCAAAAGAAGGAGGUACAAAAUCUAACCCGAUCCGAUGUUUUAAAUGUCAAGGCUUUGGCCAUAUAGCAAGUGAGUGUGCCAAUCGGAGAGCAUUUAUUCUAAGAGAAGCGGGUAGUGAUGAUGAAGGAGAACAUGAGGUGGAAGAUGAUGAGGGUAAUUAUGGGAAUGAUGAACGUGGGAGUGAUGAAGAGCAAGAUGAUAUGGAGGGUGAUGGAGAUGUCACCGUUCCAAAUUGUUUGGCAAGGAGGGUGAUGACAUGUAUGGCCAAGCCUCAAGAAGGGGAGAUCACCAUCCCUAACUAUGUGGUAAGGAGAACAAUGAUAAGCAAGGCCAUGGAUGAUCCUAACCAAAGAGAGAACCUUUUCCAUUCUAAAUGUGUUAUCAACCAAAAUGUGUGUGUCAUGAUCAUUGAUAGUGGGAGUUGUGCAAAUGUUGCAAGUACGACGUUGGUUGAUUUCUUGAAACUUCCCACCACCAAUCAUGAAAAUCCUUACAAACUCCAAUGGCUUAAUGAAUGUGGAGAGUUGAAAGUGACUCGACAAGCCUUUAUCAAGUUCAAAAUUGGGAAGUACCAAGAUGAGAUCCUUUGUGAUGUUGUUCCCAUGCAAGCUUGUCACCUUUUACUUGGAAGACCUUGGCAAUAUGAUAGGUCAACCAAGCAUGAUGGAAGAACCAAUCGGUACACUCUUGUUCAUAAUGGGCUCAACCAUGUGUUAUGUCCUAUGACGCCUUUGCAAGGCAAGGGUGUACAAGGAGAUAGUGAGGGAAGUGGGAAAAAGAAGGAGUCGAGGGGAAAAGCUAAGGUGGCCUUUUUGGUAAAUCUAGGGGAUAUUAGGGAGGAGUUAGAGGAACGACAACCGGUGAUCCUCCUCACUCAUAGGGACUAUGCCUUGCACACUAACGAACUAACCUCUUCUUUGCCUAGUUCUAUUUCUUCUCUUUUGCAGGACUAUGAUGAUGUGUUUCCCACGGAGCUUCCAAAGGGAUUGCCACCAUUAAGGGGAAUUGAGCACCAAAUUGACUUUGUCCCGGGGUCUCAAUUGCCAAACAAACCGGCUUAUAGGGCCAACCCGGAUGACACCAAAGAACUUCAAAAGCAAGUGGAUGAACUCCUUGAAAAGGGGGUUGUGCGAGAAAGUAUGAGUCCAUGUGCCGUGCCCGUGAUCUUGGUGCCAAAGAAAGAUGGAACAUGGCGCAUGUGUGUUGAUUGCCGAGCCAUCAACAAGAUAACGAUAAAGUAUUGCCAUCCCAUACCUCGUCUUGAUGACAUGCUUGAUGAAUUGAAUGGUUCAUACAUAUUUUCUAAGAUUGACCUUAGGAGCGGAUACCAUCAAAUCCGGAUGAAACCCGGAGAUGAGUGGAAAACGGCAUUCAAGACCAAAUUUGGUCUAUAUGAAUGGUUGAUGAUGCCUUUUGAUCUCACUAACGCUCCUAGUACUUUCAUACGAUUAAUGAAUCACGUGAUGAAACCUUUUAUUAGCAAAUUCGUGGUUGUUUACUUUGAUGAUAUAUUGGUGUAUAGUAGAACCAUGGAUGAGCAUGUUAAUAAUUUGAAAUGUGUGUUUGAAGUGCUUAGACAAGAACAACUUUAUGCUAAUGUGGCUAAAUGCUCUUUUUGUGUUGAUGAAGAUUUAGUACCAUAG